GUGCUGAACUUGAAGAAGGUAAAUGGAGCAAGCUCAAAAAGAGAAGAGCAGCACUUCACACCUUUUAGCACCUCUCAAGCAACCUCACAAAGUGUUGAAAAGGAAAAUUGAAAGCAUAGGUUGUGAGGCUGUUACAGAGGAAACUGGUUCUGUUCUCCCACCUAAUCGGGAGACUGCUGUUGUUGAUUCUGCACCAAUUAAAGAGCUAGAUCUUCCUAUAUUUGUUGAUGGCUCUGUUGCAACCGUAGAUCUUGAAAAUUUUAUGCAACAAUUGUCAACACUCAAUGGCGCAUUUCCGACAAAAUGAAUAGCAUUGAUUUCACUUAUGGAGCUAAUCACGUUUUUGAUGAUGACGAUCAAUUGAUCGACCACGUUAAGACAUGUAAGAGCUUGGAAGAUCUUUAUAACUUUCUUCAAGGGAACUGUGGGAAGAAGCCAAACAAUGACCUUCCUUAAUAUUUUCUUGUAAAAAACACAAAUGAAUUAUGGAUGGAUUG